CGGGGGGGCGGGGGGCCGCUCGCCCGGGAGGGGAAGUAAACAAGGCACCGGCCGGUCCGCGGGGGGGCCCCGGUGAGACCCCCCUGCGCCGCUGGGAUUCCAGGAUGAGGGGCCGACCCCAGGGGAACUGGGGGGCUCUGGCCCCCCUCUGCCUCCUCCUCUUCCUCUUUUUCCUCCUCACCCUCGGCACCUCCUACAAGCCGGUCGUGGUCGUUCACGGCCUGUUCGACAGCCCCUCGGAGUUCAGCCACCUGCUACUCUUCAUCAACCAGAGCCACCCUGGCACCAACGUGACGGUCGUGGAUCUCUUUGACCACAGCCAGAGCCUGAAGCCGCUGUGGGUGCAGGUGGAGGGUUUCCGUUGCGCCAUUUCACCCAUCAUGCAGAACGCGGCCGACGGGGUCCAUCUCAUCUGCUAUUCACAGGGGGGGCUCAUCUGCCGAGCUCUGCUCUCCACGAUGCCUGAUCACAACGUUGACACCUUCAUCUCCCUCUCUGCCCCCCAGAUGGGGCAGUAUGGGGACACCCAGUACCUGCGCUGGCUGUUCCCCAAGUACGUGAAGUCCAACCUCUACCGGUUCUGCUACACCCGCCUGGGCCAGGACGUCUCCAUCUGCAACUACUGGAACGACCCACAUCACCGGGACCUUUAUCUCAACAGCAGCAACUUCCUCGCCCUGCUCAACAGUGAAAGGGUUAAUCCCAAUGCCACAGCCUGGAAGAGGAAUCUCGUGCGGAUCCAGAAGCUGGUUCUGGUCGGGGGUCCGGACGACGGCGUCAUCACGCCCUGGCAGUCCAGCCUCUUUGCUUUCUACAACCUCAACGAGACAGUGAUGGACAUGGAGCAGCAGCUGGUGUACCUGCAGGACAGCUUCGGGCUGAAGACGCUGGACGCCCGCGGUGCCAUCGCCCGGUGCCAGGUGGCCGGGGUGCCGCACACGGCCUGGCACUCGAACCGCACCGUCUAUGAGACCUGCCUGGCCCCCUGGCUCUCCUAGCAGGGGGGCCGGGAGGGGCAGGGGGCCCUACCUUUUUAAUUACAACCCCCAGGCAAUGCGAUCCUGUUUGGUACCAAGUGGGUGUUCGGGGCAGGGGGGUUUCCUGGGGAGGAUCGGGGCAGGGGGGGGCUGGGAUCCCGGGGGGCUGGGUAUGGGACCUUGGGAAGGUGGGUCCUGGCGGGGCUGGGAUCCUUUUCCAGGUCAGGUUUGCGGGGGGCGGGGUUUGAACCGGCCCGUAGUUUAUGUCAUGGCUGCCUGGUUUGGGGGGGCUCAGUUUGGGGGUGCCCCAGCCCCCCCAGCCAGGCAGUAUCCAGUAUUAACCCUUUCGUGCCUGGCACGAGGGGACCAAGCUGCGCUGCCAUGUUCCAUGUGGGACUCAGGGAUUUCUGGGGGUCUUCAGCCCUCUGCUGUUUUGCCCCCAAAACCAGACCCAACCCUUAGCUCAGGGGAGAGGGAGGGAGUGGACCCCCAAAAGGGGGAAUAUUGGGGUACCUGACCCUUGGGAGUUAAUUUAGGGGUUCACAUAACUUUUUAGGUACAUUUCCAGAUGUGGCAGUUUUGGGGGUUCAGCUGCAGAAGAAUUUGGGGGGCCUGAUGGGUCUGAAGGGGCUUUGUGGAAGUCCCUGGAGAAGCUUCAGGACCCCACACUGGGGUCAAGGAUUUGAGGGAUGAUGAGGGAUUUGGGGGUUCGCUAUGGGGAAGAUUAGACCUGGGAGCCCAAAUUUUGGGGUGCCAAAGACGGGUGCAGAUUCAACUGGGAAACUGAGUUGAACCCCAAGGCUUGGAGAGAGAUGUCAGCUGCAAUUGGGGGUUCAGUUUUAGGGCCUUGAGGGUGGUUUUGGGGUGACUGAAUUUGGGGGUGCAUUUCCAGGACACAGUUUGGGGCUGAGGUUUUUGGGGUGUCCGGGAGACCUGUUGGUUGGAGUCAGCAGGAAUUGUGCAUUAUAUUGGGGGUUCACAUCUCAGCAGAUGGUUUUUUGCUCUGGGAAGUUUGGGGUCACGGGACAUUUGCAUUAAUUUUAGAGGUUCACUUAUUUUAGUGCUUAAGGGCUGUGGAUAUUGGGGGUCACUAGAGAAUUUUCUUGUAGUUUUGGGGUUCACGCCCUGGAAGGGAGUCACCUGAACUCAGUUAAGCAUGUUGAAUUUUGGGGAACCACUUAAAUUGGGGGUCACUAGACAUUUGUAGGGACUCGGGUUAUGUUUUGGGGCUCCCUCCCUGUGCAGGCUGCUACUUUUGGGGGGUCACAAGAGAUUUUGUGUUAAUUCAUAGGGCAAGUUCAGGGAGCUCCAUUUAUUUGGGGGUUCGCUGGAAUUUUUGGGCUGCUUUUAGGGAUGAUGGGUGGUAAUUUGGGGGUGGCUGAUUUUGCAUGAGUUACUGGGGUUCAGUUUUUUUAUAAACAGUUGGAGACUUGGACCCUGUGUUUGGGGGUUCUUGGAUAAUUUGGGGUGUCACUAGCUAGGAGGUUCAGUUCUAUUAUCUGGAGCACACUGUCAGUAUUGGGGUACCAGGCUGUAUUGGGGGGAAGUUUCUGCAUUUUAUGAUCCAGCUUCGUGUACAAGCUAGGUGUGGUUUUGGGGGGGGCCCAGUCCCUUUGCAGUCUAGGGGUGCAUUGGGGUAACUGCAGAGCUGACUGCAUCUGACUUCAAAUUUGGGGCUGCAGUUGUCUGAGGUGCUUUGAAUUUUGGGGUGCUUUGCACAGUUGGUAUCACUGGGCAAUUGACUUGGGGGUGCAGAUUUGGGAGUCCAGCUGCCUUUGGGGGGCCUAGCAUCAUGGGGGCCCUAGUUUGAGAGGGCUCCAGGUUGAUGUGGGGGUGCCAGACUGAUUUGGGGGGGCUAGAGCCCUGAGGGUCAGUGUGACCAGGACACACAAAUCUGGGGGUUCAGGAGCACAAUCUUUGAGGGGGUCUCUGCAGCCCCCUGGUUCUCACAGAGGGGGGCUGUCUGUGGCUCCCUGACUGGCAUGUCAACUAGUGGGGUCCCAGGCCCACCCCCUGCGUGGAUGUUUACAUAUUUAUGGGGCUGUGGUGCGGGGGGGGGCAGCCUAGGCGCCUGGGAACCCCACUGGGCCCCCGGCCAGGCCCCUCGCCCCCAAGGAGGUGUGGUGUUGGGGGGUCAGUGUUACACCCCCAAUUCCAGCCCUCAAGUUCUGUGUAUUUAUAACAAUAAAAGCACUUUGUUCCCUAA